GGUCCUACAUCCGCCCGCAGAUGGAGGGCGACCGUGGCCAGUGGCACCGCUUCGACGACCGCGACAGCGCCGCCAGCGCCACCUCGAACGCGACGGCCGUCGACGCCUCCUUCGGGGGCGAGGAGUGGCUCUGCGUGAACUACCUCUACGGCCCCUCCGGCGUGCUGACGAGGCCCAAGGAGCCCCGCGCCUGCCUCCUCGUGUACCUGCGCGAGACCGCCAUGGGCUUCCUGCUGCGCGAGCCGCGGCUGCCGAAGAUGUCCAAGGAGCUCCGGGCCGCCACGGCGCCCCGCGAGCAGCCCACGAAGGCCGCCGAGAGCGAAGCGGCCGCCGCCGCGGCGCAGGCCCUCAUCGAGGAGGUCGAGGCGCAGGCCAUGAAGGAGGAGAAGAAGCGGAAGCAGAAGCAGAAGAAGAAGCAGAAGGAGAAGGAGAAGCGGACGCACGCGAAGACGGAAGAGGACGAGGAGGAGGAGGAGGAAGAGGACGAGAGGGACCCCGCGGAGUGCGACCGAAAAAGCGACGGGAAGGGCAGCCCAGACGGCGGCAGCGACGACCAGGAGCUGGCCUCGCCGCACCCGACGGUCAAUCGGGGGCGGGAGCCCGAGGUCCUGGUCGCCCAGGGCAAGAGGCGCGCGGGGGCCAGCAGUGCUCUGCGGGAGCCUUCCCCAGGCUCCUGCCCAGAUGG